AUGUAUUUAGUCACAAACAAAUUCUGCUCUAAAGAUUCAAACAACGCAUCACACGGUGAAUGUCCUGCCGUGAACGCUUUACUUUCAAAGCCGAAAUACACGGUCAAAAUAUUCCCCGCGACUCUCAUCGAGACCAUUCCACAAUCCCCGUCAGGAGAAAUCCCAACAGAAGUUCAAAAGCUCUAUACAUGGGCAGGGCAUAUUUGGCAUCAUGGACAUACAAGUAAUCCAAUCUCUAAUGAAUCGAAAGAUUCUAUCUACAGAAGAGACAAGUGCAAAGACGGGUGUGUUGGCUAUAUCUAUUCUUGGGCUUGUAAAAGAGGAUGGAAAACGGGUCAUGUAUUCGUGGAUGUUUUAUGUGGAAGUGAAUGCAUAACUUGCCCUGGGAGUAGUGGUUCAAAUUCUCCCACCACGAUGCCUAAACUUCAAAGUAAAGAUGGUGCGAGAUUGGGAUAUUGUUAUACAUGUGAAAGUGGAAGGCGGAUGGACAGAUCCACUAUAUGUAGAGUGAAAGACUCUGUUACAUUUGGAUCUGGAAGAGCUACUGUACUUGAAAGAGUUAAACAUGGGAUUGGAAGGCCACUUGCACGUGGGAUAUAA